CCAACAUGUCUGCGUCCAUUCGAAAAACGUGGAAAGAAAGAAAGAGUGUUGUUUGACGUUUUGUACUAAAUAACACGAAGAUGGCUAAGCAGAAAGGAUCAAAGCGUAAGAGAGAGGAGGAAGAAGACAUACUUCACUUUGCACCCAGAGAAAUUGGGGUGGUGGAGUAUGUAGAGAACAGAGCAGCAGAGAUCAAGGCUCUCCAGAAGUAUCUUGGUGAGUCAAGGGGGAACCGUCUUGUUAUGCAACUUCUCCCCAAAGGUCUGAGACGACGAGCCCUAAGUCACGACAUCAAACGACUGCCACGGCGACUACGUGAAGCUGCUAAGAAAGAAUAUGUCAACCGUGAUACAAAGACACGAAGAAAACCUCCAAGUCGUAAGUUUCGUCGACGUCCAAAUAACUUACUGGAUGAGUAUGAUAGAAGGCAGAGGAAGCAUGUUUGGUUGGAGACACACAUUUGGCAUGCUAAAAGAUUCAAAAUGGAGGAAAAGUGGGGGUACAAAAUCCCACUACAACCAACAGACAAAAGCAAGAGAGCAGCCUACAGGUCAACGAAACACCACUGUCUCAUUCAGGACCAUUCAUAUAUGUGCUGCAUUGAGCUGAAAGGACCAGAGCAUUGUCUACUAGAUGGUCUGAGUCACAUGACGAAUAAUUCCACAGGGCAGACUUUUGCAGCUAAGGGCUGCCUGUCAGGGAUCAGGGAAGGCCACACCAUGCUCUACUCAUGCGAUCAUUAUCCACUUGGGGCCAUUGGAUGUGCCUCGUUUCUAUGGAAACCUCAGACAGGAAGUGAUCUGACAACAGAUUUGCGGCAGCUUUGGAUAUGGGUCCAUCCUGGCUGUCAUGAGGAGGUCUGUCAGAACCUAGAGAAAUCAUUCCUGUUCUCCAGGGAGGUUGAAGCUCAAGGCCAGGAAAUGGAAGUUGUUACAGAAACUCAAGUGAAGGUCUCCAAUGUUUUUAUUGAUGAAACAAAUCAACAAAAAAAAGAUGAUGUACAUGUUGACGAAAUUAAGACAGUUGUAUCCAAAGCAAAAGAGAUUUACAACAAUGAGACAUCAAAGGACAUUUCUAUAAAAACAAAUUCAAACAAUGUGAGAAAAAAUGACAAAGACAGCAAGAAAAAAUUGGCAACAUGGAAGGUGAGGGCUGGUGAGGUGUGGAUGGAGUCCCUAAAGGAUUGUCUAGUGCGAUUCCGUCUAACAGGGCCUACCUCACAAACGGUCCUAUCACAAACACUUCAGGUGGCUGACAUGUUACCACAAGAUGUUAGUGGUGAGUUUUGGUGGCAGCAGUUCUACAGCAAGGAUCACACAUCCAUUGGCCAUACACAGCAGAAACAAUUCUGGAAUGAGAUUACCAAGUGCAGAUCUCCAGGGGAGCUAACUCCCCAUCUAGUGUUAGGUCUGACAGUGCGGGACCCCAGGAUCCUCAUGCCAGACAUCAGAACGAAAGUUACAGAAAGCCAGGAAGUGGAGAGUGAUCCCUGUGUGAUGUCAGAGACACCUGUACCAGACGUGUCCUUGUCAGCCAUUUGGGACCCAACAGUGAGAUCAGAUGUCAAGCAAUCCAAAAUGACAGAUCACCAACUCAAUGUACUAAAGUCAGAUCAUCUCAUACCAGGAACUCCUCUAGAGUUAGGCCUAAAGGAAUCCAAAAUCCCCAUUAUCCUCAUCCAGAUUCCAGGGGUUAGGUCAAAGUCCAAAGGUCAAAAUGGUACAGCUCUCAGUUAUGGUAGUGGAUGGGACAUUGUAAUUCCAGCAGGAUGGAGCAUGGCAUUCUGGGUAGCUUUUAACUACAGGUGUGCACGAGCAGGUGGACUAUUGGAGUCAGAAAGUCUGGCUCAUGAACAGGGAGUGUUUCACUUUCCGCAAGGUUAUCCUGAUACUGCUGUGGGGAGAGAGGAGGAGAGGAAUCUACAUCACCAGUCUAUGGAUAUCUAUAACAAGAAACCACCUGCUAAACGUCCGAAUUUCACCAAGCUAGGAAUACAAUGCUCAUUCGAGUUCCCUUGGAGCAGCCUUGUAAAGCAGUGGGCAGUCAAAGAGGAAAUGCAAGAGGAAUGGAAUCAAACCAGGGGUUACUUUUAUGUGAUGAGAGACAAAGCAAUCUUGAAAGAAUUGAGUAAAGUUCUAUCAGUGGCAGCAAAUCGAAAACUAUCCAAAGAAAACAAAGACAGCUUAUUCACCAACAUGGUAUCUAUAUUGAGCAAGAAUGAUCAACUUCUAAUAUUUGGAAGCAAACAUACAAAUUGUCUAAUUCCUGUAGAGAUAGUUAUGGUUUCCCGUGGUUGUCCUGAAAGGUUUGCAAAUAUAUCCAUUCCAACUCGUGAGGAUUUGUCGCGAUUAGUAUCUGACCCAAAGUCUGGUGGUCCUAUGGAAACAGUGCAUGAAGACAAAACAAAGAAGGAAAAGAAAGACAAGAAAAAGACAAAGAAGCAAAAGUCAGAUAAUAGUGGUGAAAAAAAUACGACAGGAAUGACAGACAAUUCUGGUACAGCAGGAAAUGACAACAAAGCUUUGACUGAUGUUCAGAGUGAAACACUUGGUGGUGAUGGAGGUGGUGUUGACCUAAUAGACAGCUGCAGCCGACCCCUGAUUGGUUACAUCAAGGAAGGAGGAUUCACCCUGGGAGUCGGAAACGGUCGAGGCCUUGGAUUUGUCUCUAUCAUUGGACUAUUAAAACUUCUUGACACAAUGCCACAUCAACUACAUUGUACAGUGUUGGUUAGGAACCCAACAUCCUAUCAGUACAGAUAUGCUCACAUCAAUGUUCUUCAUUAAAGGAGUGAAAUAUUAA